AUGGAAUUUGUCCCAGUUGCAACAUUUCAUCAUCCUGACAUUCCUCUUCGGCUCAAAAUCCGCCGACAAUCAAGCGUAUAUUAUAUCUAGCAAAUUCGAGUUACAAGUUGCCUUUAUGUAUCUACUGAAGAAGCUUUAUAUGCAGGUCUAAGCAAUGGACAAAUUUUUGUAUGAAGAAAACGCUCAGCUGAUAAAGUAAUUUAUAAUCAGCCUUUAGCUCCUAAAGAAUGCGAUUUAAUCAAUAUUUCGGACAAAGACAAUCAUAAAGGCGAUGUAACCUGCUUGGUUUAUGAAGAAAAGUUAUAUGAAGGGAUCAUUGUUUCUGGCUCCGCAGAUAGCAAAAUAAAAAUCUGGGUCAAAGACCUACAAAAUAAAACGAAAAAUUACGCCUGCAAACAGACAUUGGUGGAGCAUCAAGGAACUAUUCUUUCAGUCGCAAUUUCUUCGCAGCAUGAUCUGAUAGCAACAAGUUCAACUGAUCAAACGAUUAAAAUAUGAAGACAACAGCCUGGAAGAGAGCUUUUAUUAUUUCCUUUCUAUGUAUGUGUCCAAACUUUAACUGACCAUAUAGCUCCAAAACAUUUAGAAAUAGGAGCUAUGGGUGUAUGGGUUACUUCGAUUCUAUGAAAAGAAGGAGAUGAGCUUCAGUUAUUGGCUGGAGACUCUGAAGGAACAAUAAAUAUUUAUAAGUAAACUAUAGCUAGACCAAGAGAAUUUUCAAGAGAUCACAUUGAGCUAGGACUAGAAAAAAAAAGUGGAACUGUCCAUAGGCUCAUUAUAAGCAAGCUGAUAUUAGUCCCACAAGAAAACUUUGUAUUUUCUAUAAGUUUUGACCAAUAUUUCAAAGGCUUAGAUGCCACCAAUGGAAGUGAAUUUGUUAAUGUGAGGAACACAAACCGAUGCUAUUUCACAGCUUUAUUAUGGGAUAAUACAGGGCAUGAGCUUAUAGUAGCUGAUGAAAUGGGCUAUGUAGGGGUUUGAAAUGUUUACCAUGAAAAGCCAAUUUUUUGGGAAAGAGUUUUUGAUGAAGAAAAAAAAAUUAUUUGACUUGCUCUGAGAGAAAGUAAAAGAGAGCUGAUUGUGGCGACAGAAACUGUUAUACAGAUUUUCUUUAUGAGAAGAGGGCAGAGCUCACAUGACAUACAAGGCCAUGAUGGUCCAGUUCUCAAAAUUCAUGCUCAAGAAGCCCAUCAGAUCCACAGGCUGCAUUCAAAUAAUAAGCCCCGGUUUAUCACAGCAUCAAUUGACAAUACAAUUAAAGUCUGGGAUUUCAGCGAUUUACAAGUCAUUUGUAGCAUGACUGCACCUAUGAGAGCAGAAAUCAGCUGCAUGUGCUUUUUGUCAAUGUCAAGCUUAAUUGCAACUGGCCAUGAAAAUGGGACUUUAAUGCUGUGAAAUCCAGAAAUUAAUGAAAAAAUCAAGCUUAAAUGUGACCCUGGAUACGGUCAUAACAAUACAGUGUCAGGUGUGUGCCAAGCUUUAUUUAAAGAUAUUGAAUAUUUGAUUUCUAUUGGAUAUGAUUCGAGAAUCUGUAUAUGAGAAAUCACUGAAAGGACUUCAGCAUUACGACAAGCUGCUGAUGGUUCUGCAGGGAUCACAGUGUUUCCAUCACUAAGAAAUUCUUUUCUAACUACUCAACAUAAAAGAUUUACGAGGAGUGAGACAGGUGACGAAUUAUUGUGUGUCACAUAUGAUUCUAUUAGAGGGAAAAUAGUUGUUGGCGGGAACAGCACAGAAAUUCAGCUUUGAGACAUGCAAUCUCUAGAUUAUACUGGAUUUUUGCAAGGUCAUAUUGAUUCUGUGAUUUCAUUGUGUAUUGAGCAAAACUUUUUAUUUUCUGGUUCUGAUGAUAGAUCAAUUAGGAUUUGGGAUCUGGAAAACAUUCAGCCUUUGUAUAAAUUUCAGAAUAAAAUUCAUUUUUCUUUAACCAUUUUUAUUGAUUUUUUUAAAUUCAUUUUCAUUGUAAGUAGCAUAUGUUUUGCAUGGCCAUACAAUGCCUGUUCAUGAUUUAUUAAUUAUUCCUGAAUCAGGGCAUUUAAUCAGCUGCUCGCAUGAUGGUAAAAUUUUAAUCUGGAGUACUGAAACCCAUGAAAUUGUGAAAACAGUUGAAAGAGCUGAUCAUUUGAAUUGUUUAGCUUUUCUGAGCAUUCAAAAUAUAUUGAUGGUAGGAACUGAAGAGUCCACUAUAAUUACAGUUCCGAUUGAGCCCAUAUAUGGAAACCCAUAUGGUCUUGAUCAUACUGUAAAUAAAGCACAAGUUCACAUGGAAAAGAAAAUCAGGAUGAAGAGAGGAGAAAACGUUGAGUUCAGCGACGAUACUCGGUCAAUCGCAAGUGAAGAUAUAUUAGAAGAAUAUCCGGAUCCUGCAGAAGAGCACUUAAAAGAAAUGUUUAUUAAAUCUAAAAGCAAAGAACAAUAA